AAAUGAGGCACGCCCCAGACAGUCACAAUUGCGCUGUGUCUCUCAUCUAUUACCUGGUCAGGUUGACUACUACUUACAGGUACCUCUUCUUCCCGGAUUUUGGAAAUUGCGAGUUGGACUGGAUUCGAAGUCGACGACGCUUCCGAGGCAGCAUGACGUGAAUGCGACCAGCUUCACACAUCUUUUCGGUCACAGACGCACAGACGAACUCUCCACAUUUACCUCUGCCUGUGCCUCUGCAGCCAUUUGUCGUCUUGUUGCUCUCUGGUAUACUUUUCAGUCUGCAGACAGCUCUGAGGGACCGCCACUGCGAGAGAGAGAGAGAGAGAGACACCCCUCCUCGAACCUCUACCUUCUCCUUCUCAACCUCCCUUUCACAAUGUCGCGCUCGCCGACCCCCCAACCUGCGAAAACCGCAGUCGAUCGCCAGUCCACCACGCCCUUCCUGUUGAACUUUUGCUACCGAUCCUCCGCCUUCCACAGCCUGACCGACUUCCCCAUCCCGACCCCGUCCAACCCGCACCCGCACCUACCUGCCCACCUGCAAAUCUACACGUGGAUGAGCUGCACCCUACGAGAACUCGCGCUGCUGUUGACGCAGGCCCUGCCGCAGAUCUUGCCUGAUCCGGCCGUCGGCACGCGGCUGAGCUUCAGACUGGUCUACCCCGACGUCCACGCCAGCCGGGGCGGCGGGGGGCGGCUAGAAAGCGAAGGACGAGGGAGAUACCUGAGCAAAGAGAUAGGGAGUGUCGUUGUCUCGGCGCCUGAAUAUUCCAAUGGGGGUGGUGGCGGACGUGGUGGUGUCCAGCUCGAAGGAGACGACGCGGGCAAGACGCUGGAAGACGCGCGGUUUGUCAUCGGGGACUUUAUCGACUGUGCCGUGUUUCCUCCCCUGAGCGACGGCACCGUGGUGUCUCGAGGAAGUGUCAGUGGCAGAGGAGGGUCCAGAGAAAACGGGUAUGGGAGGGUGCGAGGAGGCGGGUACGGUCUGAGCAGCAGGGGCAGCUUCAAUGGCUACUCGUCAAGAGGUGACUUUGGCGGCUCGGGCAAUAUCCCAAGCGGUGAGUGGAGGCGAGGAGAAAGGCUUCCUGACUCUGGUGGCUACCGAGGUGGAAGAGGUGCGAGGAGAGGCUAUUGAGGCCGAAUUCGGGCUCGAGAGGAGUCUAAACAACGCACAAUCUCCCGCAGCAAGCUUGCUCGGGUGCAGAGGGAACAAAAUACCCCUUGAGGAUGCACCUGGGAUCGUGUCUUGGUAGCGAGAAUCCCGGCUCCGCGACCGACACAAAGCAUUCACACUCCCAAGAAAAGGGCGGACUGGUCGCAGGAUGGGAGCAUUUUCGAGUCAUGUGCAGAGACCAAAAUUUCCCGACGGAAAUGUUUCCUCUUGGGGAGAUACAGCCAUUUCAACGAGCCGUCCACAAAAAGCAACUGAGGCUCCGGAUGCAAGUAUCAGCCUUCCGAGACUGCGGUGAACAAGCUGGGUCUGUCGGCGAGAAGGUCUAGAACCACAAGGGCUGAGGGACGUGCCACUCGGAGGAUGAGCGCGCAGAUAAGCUACAUGAAAUAGCCUCGCCGGAGCUCUGAGAAUGGAGCUCUCGCAAUGUUCUGUAUCUUUCACCGCCAUCUUGGGCGCCAGCCUCACGUGGUCCCGUUGAUACGCU